CGCACGCGGCUGGCUGGUAGCUGAACGACAAUUUAUUCAUCCUCAGUGUCAAGGUGCAUUUGUCCCACCUGUAUAUAAAUGGUCUGCCGCUCUGGAGGUACACAUCAGUUCCAUUGCAUCUUGCAACUUGAAACAACAACAACGCAGCCAGUGUUCCAUAUUUCUCUCGUUUCUGACUUUUCGUGCGCUCUCCAAAAAAGCAAUAAUGAAGGAUCUGCGGAGGUGCAGUUUCUUGCUGCUGCUUUCUCUCACCCUGGUGCAAAGUGCACCUCAGCCGAAGCAGGUCGACGUCUAUUAUGAUGACUUUGAUGCAACUACUGCGGCUCCUGAUUGUGAUUGCGUCUGCGGUGUGCCCAACCCAAAAACACGAGUGGUAGGAGGAAACGUCACCCACCCUAAUGAAUUCCCCUGGGUGGUUGCACUUGAGAGGAGGAACAAAUUCUACUGCGGCGCUACCCUUAUUUCCAGCAAGCACGUUCUCACCGCCGCUCACUGCAUCGACGGUUUCAACCACCGCGAAAUCAAGGUGUACAUGGGAGUGCACAACAGGCUGAACAUGAACAAGGAGACGACGCUGAUUCGCAAAAUCGACAAGGCAGUGGUGCACCCCAAGUUUGACAUUUUCUCGUUUGACAAUGACAUUGCCUUGCUGCACCUGGACGAGGAGGUCGAGUUCACUCGAAUUAUCAAACCCGCAUGUCUGCCCACGCAAGCGAGAUCGGAUUAUUCUGGCGAGUCUGGAAUAGUGUCUGGCUGGGGACGACUUGGAGAAAAAAGAUCUACGGCCAUUGAGCUCAUGAAGGUUGAUGUUCCUUUGAUGACCAUGGACGAUUGCAGAAACUCUGGCUAUGGAGCCUCCCGUAUCACUGACAACAUGAUCUGCGCCGGGUACCCAGAAGGAAAGAAGGAUGCUUGCCAGGGUGACAGCGGCGGCCCUAUGCACAUCAGCGUUGGCGGCGGAAUCACCGAACUCAUUGGCAUUGUGUCGUGGGGACGCGGAUGUGCCAGACCUCACUUCCCUGGUGUCUACACCAACGUGGCCACAUACCUUGGCUGGAUCAAUGACCAAAUCAAGGGCGAGUGCGUCUGCAAGAGGCCUUAAACACCACCAUGGAGUUCAAGACUGGCGCCGACAAAAUUUUACCACAGCGAAACCAAAGAUGUACAUAAUGAUUAACUUAUUAAUUGCCUAUUUUAAUUUAUUUGCCAUUCGUGCCUACAAAUUUAUACAAAAAAUAUUUAUUGUGUUCAAGUGAAUUUAAAUGAAUAAAUUAUAACUGAUAAU